CAAAAAAUAUAUAACGAAUAACAAAUUUCUUCUUCUUAUUUUAUCAACAAAUUAAUUGGUACCAGUUUUCAGAACUGGAAGAUUCUCAAUAGGAUCAUAAAUCUGUUGAAAUAAAAAACCUUGCAGUAAAGACUCAGCUGCAACAAGUACAAUAGUUAGAAGUGGUGGGAUUUUCAAACAUACUGCAGGGAGUGCAUUAGAUAACUACUAAUUCCGUUCGUAUGGAGGGACCAUUAGUUCAUGACUAUCUUCUAAAUCGCUGCUCAAAGAGGGUGUCUUGGAAAGAGAGCUCCAUUACCUCCAUAGCAUUAGAUAAUACUCUUUCGGACGUAGGGACACUAGUACAUGACUACCUUCUACCUCGCUGGUCAAAGAGGGUGUCUUGGAAAAAGAGCUCCAUAACCUCCAUAUGCAUGUUGAUCUGCAUGUUACUUUCUCAGCACUUAAGCUAGUCCCGCUAGCUUCUAUUGUUGACAAAAAGACAGCCUGUGUUUUCGUUGUAGUUUACAUGUUCUUUGGGCAAAAACUUGACAAAUUUUCUGUGUUGAUCUACUUCCAGCAUCACAUCUAAUGUUUGUGACUCAAUCAGAGCAUUUCCAAUACCUACACUUCCGGCAUCUCCUUCCUUGACUAUUGAAACCUCAAAAUCGAAAUCAAAUCUUCGAUCUGCAUGCACCGCCUCUAUAAGUCAUCUGGAAUCAAAACAAGCCAUCUGAUUUGACCAUUCGAUUCACAAAAUUGUCGACAUGUCUGAUAUCAAGUCGGACCAACUUGCACAGCCUGAUGAAUACAAAAUAUUGCAAGCAAAAUCAAACAAAUGAUCAUUUUCGCAUCUAUUACUCAUCAGAACCUAAUCAUAUAUUACCCAAGAAUCUGAUCGAGAAAACAUGUUCUAAACUAAUAACAUACUCUAUAACCUAUUUUAUCUUGAUUUUAAAUCGUUAUGUUAUUUAUAGAUUAUGAGGGUCGGACAAGAUGAAAUUGUAAAGAUGAAACUAUCCAUUAUAUCAUACUCCCUCCGUACAGAAUAAAGUCAAGAUUUGGCUGUUGCCGAUGAUUAUGAGGGUCGGACAAGAUGAAAUUGUAAAGAUGAAACUAUCCAUUAUAUCAUACUCCCUCCGUACAGAAUAAAGUCAAGAUUUGGCUGUUGCCGAUGCACCAAUUGGAACUUUAAUCUGUUGAAAUAAAAAACAUUGCAGUAAGACGCAGCUGCAACAAAAAACCAAGGCAGAAAAAUAGAUGAUUCUGUUCUAUGUUAAUCAGCAAGAGAUAUUAAAUCCAGAUGAGACAGAGGACCUUGUUUUACCAUUCCAACAAAAUGUCGUUUAACAAAAGCCAUUUAGAGAACCUUUAGCAUCUGGGCAAUUACAAUAGCUAGAGGUGGCGGCAUUUUCAAACAUUUUGCAGGAAGUGCAUUAGAUAACUACUACUCCGUUCGUACGAAGGGACUACUAGUUAAUGAUUACCAAGAGGGUGUCUCAAAAAGAGAGCUCCAUAACCUCCAUAUGCAUGUUGAUCCGCAUGUUAGUUUCUCAACACUGAAGCUAGUCCCCCUUGCUUCUAUUAUUGACAAAAAAGACGGUCUAUGUUUUCGUUGUGGUUCACCUGUUCUCUGGGCAUAAAACUUGACAAAUUUUCUGUGUUUUCAAUAAAUCUACUUCCAGCAUCACAUGUAAUGUUUGUGACUCAAUCAGAACAUUUCCAAUACCUACACACUUCCAGCAUCUCCUUCCUUGACUAUUGAAAUCUCACAAUCAAAGUCAAAUCUAUGAUCUGCAUGCACCACUUCUAUAAGUCAUCAGAUCCUAGGUUUGAUAGGAAACUUAGCAACAGAUCAUGUUAAAUAACUUUAUCAGGAUUAUUACGGUCGUGGUAUUUUUACGGGGUGCCAAGUAGACAUUAUCUCCGCACAGAACUUCCUGAUAUAUUAGCAAUGGAAACCUUGAAAUCAAAACAACCCGAAUGACUGACAUGAAGCCGGACCACCCAAAUUCACAAAAUUGUUGACAUGACUGACAUGAAGUCGGACGAACUUGCACAGCCAAAUCAAUCCAAAAUAUUGCAAGCAAAAUCAAACAAAUGAUCAGUUCAACAUCUAUUACUCAUCAGAACCUAAUCAUAUAUGACCCAAGAAUCUGGUCGAGAAAACAUGUUCUAUACUGAUUCCAUAGAUGUUCAUAUGUGAUAUGACUGUCUCCGAUGUAAAGAUGAAACUAUCCAUUACAUGCUUCCUCCGUACAGAAUAAGGUCCAGAACUAGCUUUUUCUGACGUAAAAAAAUUUAAAAACCGAAAUAAAAUUUAAAAAUAAAAAUUUCAUAUUAGUAUUUAUAAACUAAAUGAAUAGUUUUCUACAAA